AUGAAUCAUUCUUGCAGCAGCGCUCUGAGGUGGUUCCUCGUGGCCCUCUUUUUCUCGACCGUGAGCGCCCAUUCUUGGAUCGAAGACUUGCUGGUUAUCGCACCGAAUGGUACUUUUGUUGGAUCUUCGGGUUAUGCCAGAGGCAAUGUCCACCGCAGCGUCCCUAAUUUCAGCGACAAGACCAUGACUUACCUUAUUCCGCCGGACGGUCAAGCCAAUCAGAGCCUAAUUGAGCCCACUGACAAGAUGUGCAAGAGCACACAGCGAACACAUAACCAAACUGAAGGUAGCCCCCGGCUGCAGGCAAGUGCCGGCGCUGCCAUAGCCCUUCGCUAUCAAGAAAACGGCCAUGUGACCUUACCCUGGAAUCAACCAGGAAAGCCGAAGAAUCGAGGGACGGUGUAUGUUUAUGGAACCACAGAACCCAAGGAAGAGGAGAACUUCGUGGACGUUCACAAGGUCUGGAACCGAAAUGGCACUGGAGGUGACCGACGCGGCGUUCUUUUGUCGCAACAGAAUUUUGAUGACGGCCGUUGCUACCAGAUCAACAACGGCAAUAUCUCCGAGUAUCGCCAAAAGGUGUAUCCUCACGAGGCAGACCCAUUGAUGGGAGCCGACCUGUGGUGCCAACAAGACAUUGCGCUACCGUCCAAUGCACCCUCGGGGAAACUGUAUACUCUCUAUUGGGUCUGGGACUGGCCCACUGCUCCUGGCGUGGACCCCUCGCUCCCUGAGGGCAAGCUGGAGAUGUAUACGACAUGCAUUGAUGUGGAGGUGGUAGACAGUGACCAUUCUACAACUUCUUCGCAUGUUCAGGGGGGAUACGUGAAGGAUCAGUCCCUUAAUCGAGCAGCCAUUCCGUCCGAGUUUGCAGAAAUCAUGGGGUCCGGUGCUAGCGAGGCUGGAGGCAGUCCUGCGCCAUCUUCAUCGACCACUCCGGCCCCUACUCCGGCCCCAACAACGCCGCCUCUGGUAGCCAUCUCAACGAAAUUUAUCACGAUUUACCAGAGCAUGUAA